AGAGAAAGAGAAAGAGAGAGAGAGAGACUUUCAUCCCUUGGUUCGUUUCCCCCACUACCACCCAAAAGCCCUCACGAAGGCUGCGUGUUGACGAUAAGCUCUUUCUCUCUCCACAAAUAAAGGAUUUUCUCUCUCUUCAAACUUCAAACGAAACUGAAACAGAAAUGGAGUCUUCUUUGGCUUUCAUGGAUGACCUUCUGGAUUUCUCUUCGGAUAUCGGUGAGGAAGAUGAAGAAGACGACGUCGUUCCACCCAGAUCUUCAACGGCGGCCGACUCCUCGGAGUUCAACGCCGGCUCCCUCCCGGACGAUACUUCUUCCGGCCGUAUUUUGCUUGAGGAUUGUGGGGAGGAGGAACUUGAGUGGCUAUCAAACGAAGAUGCAUUUCCGGCCGUCUCGACGUUUGUCGACAUUCUCUCCGACCACCACCACCACCCGCCGCCGCCAUUGACGAUGGUCUCGAAACAGAACAGUCCAGUUUCGGUUCUCGAAAGUAGUUCAGUCAGCAGCCAUAGCGAAACCAACAGUACUAAGUCAAGCAGUCACGGAAGCGUUUUGAUGAGCUGCUGUGUCGGCCUGAAAGUUCCCAGCAAGGCUCGGAGCAAGCGCCGUCGUGGCCGGCACAUCUCCGGCCACCAUCUCUGGUUCAAGCAGCAGCCCAGUUCGAGGAAUGUUAAACAAGUAGUACCCACCACGACGACGACGGCGAUAGGGAGGAAAUGCCUACAUUGUGGAGCGGAGAAAACGCCGCAAUGGCGGGCGGGGCCAUUAGGGCCGAAAACGCUGUGUAAUGCUUGUGGGGUUAGGUUCAAGUCAGGGCGGCUGGUGCCGGAGUACCGGCCGGCAAGUAGCCCGACGUUCUCGCCGGUGCUGCACUCGAAUUCUCACCGGAAAGUGAUGGAAAUGAGGAGGCAGAAGCAGUUAAGUAUGGUGGUGAAUCCAAUGGAUAAAGGGUAAGCUUCAAUUUUGGGCGUUUUGAUUAUUCCCUUUUCAUCCGCCAUUAAUUUAGCUUAGAUUUUUAGGCAUUUGUUUGUUAUUGUGGGACAGAGAUUUAAAAUUAGUGCAAAAUUUCUCUGUUUAAUGCCCAAAAUUCAUUAGGGAAUUUUGACAAAAUGUGUUUGAUUGUCUUGUAGACCAUUUUUUCCCCUGUUCUUCAA